AUGUCGGCUGCUAAUCUCGACCCCACCGACCCCCCCAACUCCGACCCCACAUUUCGCAACUACACCAGCCAGCAAGCCGCGAAGUAUGCGGCGCACCGUCUCUCUUAUCCUGCGCAGUUAUAUGAGACGGUGAUACAGCACCAUGAGAAAACGGGAGGACAAUUCAAUCUCGUGCUUGAUCUGGGGUGCGGACCUGGAAACGCAACGCGAGAUAUCGCGGCAUAUUUUGAAGAAGCGAUAGGAUGUGAUGCGGGGGAGGCGAUGAUAGGGGCGGCUAGGAAGUUGGGGGGGAAGACGAAGAGCGGGAAGGAUAUUGUUUUGGUGGUUGGGAGUGGAGAGGAGUUUUUGGGGUUGGAGGAGGUGAAAGAGGGGACGGUGGAUUUGAUUACUGUUGCUAUGGCGGUACAUUGGUUUGAUAUGGAUAAGUUUUGGGCGCAGGUUGCGAAGGCGUUGAAGCCUGGAGGAACGGUCGCAUUAUGGACACGCGGUAGUACACUAUCAUCCUACUACCCGCAUCCCUCUGUCCCCAACCGCUCCGAACUCCUCCGAAUCUUCCUAAAUUUCGAGCGCCACAUCCUAGCUCCCUACGAGCUACUCCCGAACCGGCUCUCUCGUGAUAUGUACGACAAUCUUCCUCUGCCGUGGGAUAUUCCACAUCCCAUUCCCUCUUCCAUCUUACCUCCAUCUCAAUUUCUGAAACUCGACUACGACCGCGAUGGGAUCCUGUCGAAUCCGGAAUCCGACGAUUUCUUUUUUGGCGGGAGAGAAGUCACGCUGAAGCAGGCGGAGAAGUCGUUGGAGACGGCUAGUAUGGUUACGAGAUGGAGGGAAGCACAUCCGGAAGCUGUGGGAACGGAGAAGGAUGUUUUGAGAAUGCAUAUGGAAGAAUUGAGAAAAGCGAUGGGCGAGAAUGAAAGUAUGAGGACUGGAAGUAGCACUACGAUCAUUCUUGUCAAGAAGGCUUUGCAAACUUAA